UCCGCCGAGGCCACGUCCCCGCCGUGCUCCCCCCUGCAAGAUAAGCUGGUGGUGGCCCUGUACAACUACGAGCCCAAGCACGACGGGGACCUGGGGAUGCGGAAGGGUGAGAAGCUCCGCAUCCUGGAAGAGUGGUUCUUCAAAAACAUCGGCCGCAAGGAUGCGGAGCGGCAGCUCCUGGCGUCGGGCAACACGCACGGCUCCUUCCUCAUCCGGGAGAGCGAGACCUCCAAAGGCUCCUACUCACUGUCGGUGAGGGACUUCGACCAGAACCAGGGUGAGACGGUGAAGCACUACAAGAUCCGCAACAUGGACAACGGGGGGUACUACAUCUCCCCCCGCGUCACCUUCAGCAGCUUGCACGAGCUGGUGGAGUAUUACACACGCUUCUACAACGGCCACACCAAGGUGGCCAUCAAAAACCUGAAGCAGGGCAGCAUGUCACCCAGCGCCUUCCUGGCAGAGGCCAACCUCAUGAAGAACCUGCAGCACCCCCGGCUGGUGCGGCUCUACGCCGUGGUGACGAAGGAGCCCAUCUACAUCAUCACGGAGUACAUGGAGAAGGGUGAGGGCACCCGGGUGCUGCCCGCCACGGGAGCUAAAUUCCCCAUUAAGUGGACGGCGCCGGAGGCCAUUAAUUACGGAACGUUCACCAUCAAGUCCGAUGUCUGGUCUUUCGGCAUCCUGCUCACGGAGAUCGUCACCUACGGCCGGAUCCCGUAUCCAGGGAUGACCAACCCCGAGGUGAUACAGAACCUGGAGCGCGGUUACCGCAUGCCGCAGCCGGACAACUGCCCGCAGGAGCUGUACGAACUGAUGAUGCAGUGCUGGAAGGAGAGGCCCGAGGAACGUCCCACCUUCGAGUACAUGAAGAGCGUGCUGGAGGACUUCUUCACCGCCACCGAGGGCCAGUACCAGCAGCAGCCGUGA